AUGAAUGAGGUUUCCAGCGGAGCUUCUCCGAAGCGCUCGUCGUCGACUAAGGAAAGGGUCAAGAGCUUGGGCCGCGGAACCAAAGCGAAGACCAAGAACCUGUUGCAUCUCAAUAAACAUACUUUGACCCCCGAGGAAGAAGCUACUCAGGGCCAAGAAGACGAUCCAUACGACGAAAUCCGCCACGACCCAGCAUUUGAUCCAUCACAACUGGUCUCUCAGAAGCCCAGUCUCUCGACUCGUAUCGCUGGCGGUUUAUCAAAUGGCGUAAAGAUAAUCGUUCACCCUCAAGAUGCUGCANAGAAGCUGGCCGCCUCUAAGGCAGCCAUGAAGGAUCGUCCCUAUCUAUCCGAGGAAGCUGACAAGGAGUUUCUCGAUGCGCACGACAGUCUGUCGAGAGCGAAAACAUCCGCUUCGCGCUCCAAUGCAUCCGCCGACCAUGAAGAGGUCGAUGAUCAGCGUGAACGCGUCAACAGGAUCGAAGGUCUACGACAGAGCAGGAAAGUGGCCUGGACAUCCAGCCGCCACUUCAGACGCGCCAUCGUCUUUCCAAAACGCGAGUUUCCGCCACCGCCAAAGGAGGAUUACACCUAUGUCGAUGCUCAGACAGGCGAGCACCGUGUCAAUUACAUGGCCUGGUUGCAAGCACGCCAACUGAAUAGCAUGCAAAGCUUCGCCACGAAUCAUAUGGGCCAGAUAGAUUAUUCUGGCCAGCCUCCCNUUGACAGAGACGCUUCAUCUCGCUUUGUAGAGCGCAUUCUCAUUGCCUCUGGACCAUGGCAGACGUUCUUCCUCUCACUCCGAAGUCUUUACCUCUGGGAGAACCCCGCCAAAUCGAGAAAGUGGCUGGCCAUCUGGUUGUUCAUUUGGUAUCUCGACUAUUGCGUCACAUUCAUCAUGGUAUACUGCGCCGUUACUGUACUACAAAACAGAUUCCAACGCAAGCAGGUUGAAGAGAUGCGCGAAUCGUAUACGUCUGCACUACAGAAAGGAAGUUCUGCUUACAAGUUCAGUGCUCUUCUUCAGGAACAUGGAGCAGAUUGGAUUGAUCCUGUGAUUGAGAGUGCAGGACCAAAGAUACAGAUGCAAUUAUCUGACUUCGCCGAUACACUGGAGUCAUUGAACAACUUCUACGAUUGGCGCGAUCCGAAGCUCACCUGGGCCACCCUCUUCUUCUUCUUCUCGGCAAUUCUGCUCGGCAUCUUUGCACCCAGCGAAUACUCCAUCAAGAUUGUGAGCAUGUCUUGCAUCAUCAUGUUCUUCGGAUCCCGCUAUGUUGCUCACUACCACCCCGAGUACCGACAUGUCGUCAACGCGUUCAACUACAUCUUCUGGGGUAUUCCUAACGACGCAGACUGGUCAAUGAAGUAUCUCAGGGAGAAGGCUCAAGAGACUAGAGCGGAAUUGAUUGGAAAGAGGGUCCAGGAAGCAUGGGACAAUGAUCUCUCGCACCCAAGAGGAGGCUUGGCCGCUGGCAGCCUUGACAUUCCUACAGUCACCGAAACAAAAUGGCCAGAAGAUGAUCAUUUAUCGGAUAGCGACGAUGACGAUGCUGCAAGCUUCCACACAACAGACUCUUCAACCAGCAUUCUCGGCGGCCUCGACAUCUUGUCGUUCCGGUGUUCCAUGCACAACAUACCUGGCCGUCUGGUCAUCUUCUCGGACGGUCUUCGCUAUCAAAGGACGUCUGGACUCGCAUCGGUAGGCAAAGAAGUCUGGCGACGCUUAUGGUCGGAGCUUGUUGAGUUGGAAAAGAUCGAUCCAAAGACUGCUGGGCUGGUCAAAUCGGAUGGCAUUCGUCUUGCCUUCGCAGAUGGAGUCGAGGUGAAACUCGAGCAUGUCCGUCAGCGCGACAAAGCCUACAACUGCAUAAUCGGAUUCUCCGGUUUGCAGUUCCAGAUUGUCCUCCCUGGAGCCGACACUGGAGCUGACCACGAAACGUUCGGUCAAGACAAUGCAGAAUUUGGUUUCAAAAAGGGUUAG